AUGACACGACAAUGUUGGUUGUUAACAAUUGCUUUUCUCAUUUGCAUUGGAAUCACUUUAUCAGCAGCUAAACCUCGGUUACUAAUCGUCUCACUUGACGGUUUUCGACAUGAGUAUUUAAGUCAAUAUUCAUUUCCCACAUUGAAUCGAAUACAAGAGCAAGGAGUCAAAACUAGACAUGGAAUGCAACCAACAUUUGUUACCAUGACGUAUCCGAACCACAUAUCAAUAGCAACAGGAAUGUAUGAGGAAGAUCACGGUAUCGUUCAUAACCGAUUUUUUGAUACUAAACUUCAGAAAGCGAUUACAUUCGGCACUGGAGAUGAAGGACAAUGGUCCGAUCCUAAAGUUGAACCAUUAUGGAUAACUGCAACAAAACAAAACAAAAAAGCUGCUGUUAUACACUGGCCAGCUUGUCAUAAUGAAUUUCAUGGUAUUCGGCCCUUAGCUUAUACCAAAGUUUAUUCCGAUGCUGUUCCAUUUCGUGAAAAAAUUGAUCAAGCUAUAGAUUAUUUCAAGAAUUCGUCGUUCGAUUUAGCGAUGAUUUAUCAUUUUGAACCUGACAAACAAGGCCAUGUUUAUGGACCUGACUCGAUCGAAACGUAUACUGCAAUUAUGCGUUUGGACAGUGAUUUGAAUUAUUUAUUAAUCCGAGUGAACAAAGAACUUGACGACGAUUUGAAUAUUAUGAUUGUAUCCGAUCAUGGUAUGGCGAACACUACACGAAUUGUUCAACCAUUUCUUGAAGGUUAUAUUAACCAAACAGCAGUCGAAACAAACAUGCUCGAUGGUCCUAUAUUUGUUCUUACUCCUCGUCCAGGCUACUUCAAUGAAGUUUUCAAUGGUUUACGACGUAUUCCGAAUGUAACUGUGUACAAACGCGAAGAUUUUCCCGAAAAGUAUCAUUAUGCAAAAGCCAGUCAUCGUCUCGGUGAUAUCAUUGUUAUACCUAACGGCUCAGAUACUAUGUUUUCUCGAGCUUUAACUACUGUAGUUCCGUCAAAAGGUAAUCACGGAUAUGAUAAUAGUAUACCCUCUAUGCAAGCAAUAUUCAUGGCAAUGGGUCCAGAUUUUCAACAGCAUUUAACAAUUGACUCUCUGAAAAACGGUGAUAUCUACCAAAUAGCUUGUCAUAUUUUAAAUCUUGUACCGAAUCCUUAUGCUACAGCUGGAUCCCUCAAGAAUUUAACACAUAUCUUUCGUGAACGGAACAAUCAAUCCUCUCAAUUAUUGAUCAAUGUUUCAUUGAUUAUACUUUUAGUACUUUUCACUUUUAUUCAAUAG